CCGAAACUAUCAGCAAGGUGCAUACUUUGAUGUUUUAAAGCGCUCGCUUCUGACGUAACAGCAGGACCCCUUGCUCGUCCGCUGAUUGGCUGGAAGAGGCGGAGGCGGACACGGAACGUCGCUGUUUGUGUUUAAACGUUCCAGCGGGAGGGUGGGGCGAAGAGUCCGAGGUUUGGGGGCUGUGUCAGGAGGCGAUCGGUUCCCGGUUGACCCACGAGGCAGGCGUCAGUGGCCCGCCAUGGUGCCCUCGCGGUGCGUGAAGAGCGAGUACAUGAAGUGCUAUAAGGAGCCCAAGUGGGAGGCGUGCGGCCCCUGCUACCAGGAGCUGCUACGCUACCGCCUGAGCCGGCGCCUCCUGGAACAGGCGCACCGGCCCUGGUUUUGGGACGACUGGGAGCAGGACAGCAGCAGUGGCGGCUCCCCGUCGCCUCCGGGCACGUCCAGUCCGCCGGCCGCUCAACUGCGGGAGGAGGAAGCAACGGCGGAAGUGCCCAGCGAGCCCGGUCCUGGCGUGCUCGAUGGGGCCGAGGAGACUUGCAGAGGCGGUCCGGCAGGGCCGCUGCGUGGAUCCGAGGAAGAAGACCCGGAAAAAGCUGAAGAAAAGGCUGAAAUCAAGGAAGCUGAAAAGAAAUCUGCAGGGAAGGAAAAGAACAAUUCAACAAGUCGUCAAACUGGCCAGUCUCCAAGUUGCACUGCCUUGGCCAGUCGAGGGGACAGACGACAAGCAAAAAGUCCUCAAAGGGCAGAAGCACCAAAGGGAACAAAACAUCCUUUUGCUUUGUAUGGCUGGGGAGAAAAACAGACUGAUACAGGCAGUCAGAGAACUCACAAUGUCUGUGCAUCUGCUUCAGCAAAUGAAAUUCAUGAGUCUGCAUUACGAGCCAAGAACAGAAGGCAAGUGGAAAAAAGGAAGCUGUCUCAGAGGCGCAUUCACUCAGCAGAAGUAGAAAGAACCUGGAGAACAAAAUCUUCUGGUCCAGACAAUCCCUGGAUGACCGAAUACAUGAGGUGUUACUCAGCACGAGCUCGGUGAUUCAAGACUGGAUGGGACUCCUCUAUUUUUAAUUCAGAAAAUGUUUUUCAGUGCUUUCAGGAUACUAACGCAAAGCCCCAAACGACUGAGGCAAGGCUUUUACAAAAGGGGUUUCUAGCAGUUUUGUUAUUUAUAUUUUGGCUGUUACUUUCUGCAGUAAGCAGGACAGUUGGAUUCAUAUUGAUAGGAACUGUAUCCCCUAAUACAACUUCCUGACAACUUCUUUUAAAGGAAAGCGUUGCAAGAGGUGGUUUCUAUUGACUUUCAGCUGACUUCUGUCUUCUCUGGGUUUUUUCAAUGAACACGGUUAUUUUAAAGAGCCAAAAACUCCCUGGAAGAAUUCCUUAACUAAUACUCUGUCCCCUUAUAUUGAUAGUAACAUUCAACACUGAUCCAGGGAAAAUGCCAUCUUUAAACUUGUAAAAAAAUCUGUGGGAUGCAAAUUAAAUUGUAACUAAUGCAAACUUUCUAUAUUGGGUGCUCAUUAGACUCUACAAAUCAGGUUGCUGUAAAAAUUCCUUGCCAUUGCAUUUUCACAUGAUUUAGUUCACCACGGAACAGUGCACAUCUGGCCUUGUGAUCUGCUAAGCCAAAUGUAGCCCUCCAGCCCUGUAGCUGGAUCUUCCAAGGGUCUCAGAUACAGGAAGUUGUCAUCCACUUGGUUUGGUGGAUCGCAAGUUGUUCAGGUUCUUGCAUAGCUAGCUGUUGGGAACUGUAGAUUUGAAAUGCUGCAGCCAUUUUGAGAACUCUGAUACUUUCUCACAAGUCUUGAUAGUGAUUUCACAUUGACAGUUUUUAGUUUUGUGGCCAUUUUGAUUUUGAAGUGUCAGUGAAAUAGAUUGAUAAUGUGCUGUGACUGUGAUUAGUAAUGUGCUGCAUUUCUUUUCUCUCAUAAACCCACUGUACCAAACGACCGAUAUAGACAAUCAUUAGCCAGUUGUGGUGGUCUGUUUAGUGAAUAACAAUAAUAUGGGCUUGUUGCCACUGAACUGGAAUGUGAUGCCUUUUUAAUGCUUUGUCUGGAUGGACUAAAAUGUACUUCCUUAAUAGUUUUAUACUAUAGUUUUCUGGAUAUUGACACUUAGCAGUUUUUAAAAUUCUGAAUUGGACUUUGCUACUAGUCUGAUCAAGCUGGUAUGCAUUCCAUGGCACAUACAUGACUUGAGUUGACCGGACAAAUUUGCUGUAUUUCUCAAAGCAUAUCCCUGUUUUUCCUAAAAUAGGUUUGUAUUAGUUCAGAGGAAGAAGCCAUUGGCAAUCACAGGAUGUGAUAAAACUUGGUUAAUAUUUAGUGUUUGUAUCUUUACUCAACUUUUUAGUGUUAGACUUCAAACUAGUGGUUUUCUUUAAAUUAAAAAAAAGUUUUAAUACAUAGAACACACUUAAAAGAACCUUUAUUGCCACAAUAGCAGACUUGCUUCCAAGAAUGUUGUAUGUCAGAAAUGUGACAUUUGUGAGGAUAACUUUUCUGUGCAAUUGGUAUUGAUCUCUAAAUAUAUCUCAAUAAUUGUUUUGUGAAAUUUGAGUUGAGAGUCACUCUCCCUGUUUCCUAAGGAUACAUCAGGUAUUUUUUGUCUAAUGCUGACAACUUGUCCCUUCUCUGCCUGCAAUAGGUUUUGGUUUUUGCUCUGUUUUCAUGGGCCUUACUGGAACAUUUCAUGGAAUGGUGGUAUCCUUUGUCUUGGUAUGCCUUUGUGCCCUUUGUCUUUCUAGCUUUCCCUACUUCCAGUUUAGCUACAGAAUUAAAGCACUGACUGGAUAUUGCAUAGGGAUUUUAAACAGUUUGUUGCAUUGACUUUUGCUCCAACAAGGAAUUCAGAAAAGUGUAUAAAUUUUAUUUGCUCAUGUCCUUAAAGGCCUUUUUCUUAAGUGAAAGGCAGCAUUGGAAACUGUUUUUUUCUUAAAAGUUCCAUUAAACAUCUGGCCCAUCAGAAUUAACGUACCAAAACACAACGGUCACAAGGUUUUCAACAGAGUUAUGGUGCUUUCCUCCUGAUGCAUGCGUGCUGUGACUUAAAGUUCUUUGCAAAUAAAUAUAGAAUAGAUGGAACUUAGACCAAAAUUCUGCUAUGUUUUUUUUAGAGAACAUACUGGGUGGUUUUGUACAUUCAGAGAAAUGGUAAUACAUGGAUGGACCACUGACUUGCAUUUCAGGUAACAGAAUGUAUGUUUUUGUAUUUGGUGUGAGGGUUGGGAUGUCUGCUCCACAUUCAUUUGAACCUCCCAGCAAUGUAAGUCACUCACAUAUGCUCUUCUCCAAAUCUGUAGUGGUUUGCUAAAACUUGCAGCCAUGGAUAUUUUUUGUUUUUUAAAUGUGACAAUAUGUGGUUUAGGCAGUUCAUCUUCCUUGGGAUUUAAGAAUGCCAUUCAAAGCACACUGGGGAGUGAUGGUAACUGAAAUAAUCGUGAAUUUAUUCUGAAUAAACAUAGUUAGCAGGGAAUGAAUAAACAGCCAUCCUGACUCAUCUGAACGUAAGCAUAUUUUCGGAACUGGUUGCUAAUUAGAGUGGUAAAGUUCUUAAGUUUUGGGCUAUUUCAAGUCUUUAAUAAGUUUACAUUUUGUUCUUAAUAGAAUUGUAAAAUGAAGACACUGUCAGUGAAACAAAUGGCAUACUUUUUGUUGAGAUCUAUCUUUUUUUUAAACAACAGUGAAAUUCUGUCAAUACAUUUGUGCUUGUUCUGUCUUCCUCAACUCUAAAGUAUGGAUCCUUACUGGAACAUUUUUCAAACAUCCUUUGAUUGCCACAUGCAGGGAGCACUCCAGGCCACAAAUACUGUUUUGACAGUUGGAACUAAAUAACAGUAUCAAUUUCUUAUCUGUUGUUCCAGUUACAUAAAUUGUCAAAUUGGUCUGUGAUGGGAGUGAAAACUGAAACACUGUUGUGGAAUAUAGAAUUAUGGAUGGGGUUUUUUUUACACCUUCAUAACCAAUUAAAUAAUUAAUGUUAAAAUGGCAGAUUUCUCUUUUUAAACUGUCAUGUUUCUGAACCAGUAAUGGGUUGGAUCCCACUAUUGCUGGUGUUCAUGGCUUCUCUUCUCCUCAGGACCUGUGUGGAAUAAUAGCUGUGUUGGUGGGAAUCUGAGGCAGAAAGGGUCCAGGGGCAAAAUUGCGCUGCUUUUCCUAUUCUGUCUAGGAAUCCUGCUUACGGAAGAGGAAGAAAGGAACAUGGCUUAAACUCUAUAUAACCCAUGGAAUAAACUUGGCCGGGGGAGGGGAAAGCCAGAAUUAGUGGUGGUUGGCACUUUCUGCUGAUGGAUGUGAUCCAUAUCCAUCCCAGUGUAUAACUGAGUGACAUUUUAUUGGAGUUGAUGUUCUCAAACACUUUGUUCAAGUGAAACUUGCAGCAGGCUUUUUAUUAGAGGAAUAUGCAGCUGCUGCAUGCUUUAAGGAUGUGUGAGCAUCUUGGACUCUCUUAAAACUGGCCAGUAAAUGGAGUCCAGAAGCUCCCACAUGAUGUUCACUCUUUCCUUAGCUGGUGCAUUUUUUUUUCUUAGCUGCAGUGUCUGUUCUCUAUUGCUUGAAGUGUCUCAGGCUCAGCCCACCACAGAAUCCUCUCAUUUCCUGAGAAUGUUGAGAUGUUAUGUGCCCCUGGGGAACAGGAACCACACUAUAGUUUGAGAAUCACUUCCUUUAAGCAACAGGUACUUCAGCCUGUUCAGAGCCAUGUUUUCUGCAUUUUUAUUCCAGACUUCAUUGGUACUGAAAAAUAGCUUCUUGGUGCUUCCAUGUGUAGACAAGGAAAAUGUUGUUUUGAGCUGGGAUACAGCUGGCAACAUGCAAAUAUCUACUAGCUUGUAUGAUAGUGGAGUUAAUGUUUACAUUUGCCCCCAAAACAUGUCAGGUUGUGACCCUGGGGUGAGCUGUGCUGCUACGACUGCAUGAGAAACAGCUAAAUAUUUUUUUGGCUUUAACCUAGAAAGACCAAAUAACAGGCUGGGAUCCAUAGCAGCAAAAUCAUCUAAGGAAGUUGAACUUUGCUCCUGUGUGCAAUUCUUACACAGAAAAAGGGGUAAGAAGCAGGAGUGAAAGGAAGCUCCCUCACUGAGAUUUUGUUAACGCUGAAAUCACUUUAGUGAAAACUUGGGGAGAGGGGGGAAUGAAGCUUGAAGCAAUAUGUGUCUUAGAAUGUGUUUUUUAGUACUUGUUUUUCAAUUUUUUGGUGUUCUUUAUAUUGUACUUUCCCUAACACUUUGUAUAUGUAAAUAAAAUGAGUUCUGACAAUA